AUGGAUCACUCCUCGUUCAGUGGUGCACCUCGCUUCCUAACCCGGCCCAAGGCCUUCGUGGUGUCGGUGGGCAAAGACGCCACGCUGAGCUGCCAGAUCGUGGGCAACCCCACGCCGCAGGUCAGCUGGGAGAAGGACCUGCAGCAGGUGGAGGCGGGCACUCGCUUCCGCCUGGCCCAGGACGGCGACCUGUACCGCCUCACCAUCUUGGACCUGGCGCUGGGUGAUAGCGGGCAGUAUGUAUGCCGUGCGCGCAACGCCAUCGGCGAAGCCUUCGCGGCGGUCGGCCUGCAGGUGGACGCCGAGGCAGCGUGCGCCGAGCAGGCACCCCACUUUCUGCUGCGGCCCACAUCCAUCCGCGUGCGCGAGGGAGCCGAGGCCACCUUCCGCUGCCGCGUGCGCGGUUCGCCGCCGAUGUCUGUGAGCUGGGCCAAGGAUGGGCGGCGCCUGGGCGCGCUGGACGCUCCCCGAGUGCGCGUGGAGGCGAGCGGCGAGGCAAGCGCGCUGCGCAUCCUGGCUGCGCGGCCGCGCGACAGCGGCACUUACACGGUGCACGCGGAGAACCCGCUGGGCGCCGCUAGUGCCGCUGCCGGACUUUCAGUGGACAAGGAAACAGACGCAGACUGCCCACCUGGGGCCUCCACAGCCAUGCUCCUGGCGCACCUGCAGCUGCGGCGCGAGGCCAUGCGCACCGAGGGCGCCCCGGCCUCGCCACGCAGCGCCUGCACGCGCACCUGCACGGUGACUGAGGGCAAGCACGCGCGCCUCAGCUGCUUCGUGACGGGUGAGCCCAAGCCUGAGAUAGUGUGGAAGAAGGAUGGGCAGCUGGUGGCCGAGGGCCGGCGACAUGUGGUGUAUGAGGACGCGCAGGAGAACUUCGUGCUCAAGAUCCUCUUCUGCAAGCAGUCAGACUGUGGCCUCUAUACUUGCACGGCGUCCAACCUCGUGGGCCAGACCUACAGCUCCGUGCUAGUCGUCGUGCGAGAGCCCAAGGUGCCCUUCAGAAAGCGGCUGCAGGACCUGGAGGUGCCAGAGAAAGCGUCGGCCACGUUCCAGUGUGAGGUGCCGCAGCCGCCCAUGGAGACUGCGUGGUAUAAGGAGGAGACGCGGCUGUGGGCCGGUGCCAAGUACCUCAUCGAGGAGGCAGGCGCUGAGCGCCGGCUGACCGUGCUCAACGUCACCUCCGAUGACGAUGCUGUGUACAUCUGCGAGACGGCAGAGGGCAGUCGCACGGUGGCCGAGCUGGCGGUGCAAGGCAACCUCCUUCGAAAGCUCCCGAGGAAGACAGCUGGGCGAGUGGGAGACACGGCCGUGUUCUGUGUGGAGCUGGCCAAGCCAGAGGGCCCCAUCCACUGGCUGUGGAACCAGAAGGAGGUGGUGGCCGGGGGCCGAGUGGCCAUUACUGCCGAAGGCACGUGCCACACGCUGACCGUCUCCCAGUGUAGCCUGGACGAUGCCGGUGAGGUGGCCUUUGUGGCUGGGGGCUGCCGGACAUCCACCCAGUUCUGCGUGUCAGCCCCCAGAAGGCCGCUCCUGCGUGCUCCUGAGGCCCCUGUGGUGAAGGCCAGGACAGAGAGCUCUGUGACCCUUGGCUGGUCGCCACCACCCCAUGGGGACCGCCCUGUUGUUAUCGAUGGCUACCUGGUGGAGAAGAAGCGAGUGGGCACCUACCCCUGGAGCCGGUGCCAUGAAGACGAGUGGGUGGCAGUGCCUGAGCUGACUGUGGCUGGCGUGGCCGAGGAGGGGGAAUUCCAGUUCAGGGUGUCAGCUGUGAACAGCUUUGGCCACAGCCCCUACCUCGAGUUCCCGGGAACUGUACACCUGGCCCCGCAGCUGGCUGUGAAAACACCUCUGAAGGCGGUAGAGGCAGUGGAAGGCGGCGAGGUGACCUUCUCUGUGGACCUCACGACGGCCUCAGCGGGGGAGUGGUUCCUGGACGGGCAGGCCCUGAAGGCCAGCAGCGCGUACGUGAUACACCGUGACGGUACCCGGCACAGCCUCACCAUUCGCUUGGUGCCCGUCAGCCUGCACGGGGCCGAGCUCAAGUUCGUGGCCAAUGGUAUCGAGAGCAGCAUCCGCAUGGAGGUCCGAGCAGCCCUGGGGCUGACGACCAAGGGUCCGGCAGCAGCAGUGGCAGCACGGGAGGUGCUGGCCCGGCUGCACGAGGAGGCCCAGCUCCUGGCCGAGUUAUCGGACCAGGCUGCAGCUGUGACGUGGCUCAAGGACGGACACGCACUGUCUCCAGGCCCCAAGUAUGAGGUGCAGGCGUCAGCCGGGCAGCGGGCACUGCUAGUGCGGGACGUGAAGCGAGAAGACGCAGGCCUGUAUGAGUGUGUCAGCCCCGGGGACCGCAUCACCUACCAACUAUUGGUGCAAGAGCCCUCGGCGAUGUUUGCCAAGGAGCAGCCAGCACUCAGGGAGGUACAGGCCGAGGUGGGGGCCAGUGCCACACUGAGCUGUGAGGUGGCCCAGGCCCAGACGGAGGUGACAUGGUACAAGGAUGGGAAGAAGCUGAGUGUGAGCUCAAAAGUGUGCAUGGAGGCCAAGGGCUGCACCCGGCAGCUGGUGGUGCAGCAGGUGGGGAAUAGGGACGCUGGGGAGUACAGCUGUGAGGCCAGGGGCUGAAAGAUCUCCUUCCACCUCAACAUCACAGAGUCCUCUGCGGUGUUUAUCAAGGGACAGCCAGCACAUAAAGAGGUGCAGGCCGUGGUGGGGGCCAGCACCACACUGAGCUGCGAGGUGGCCCAGGCCCAGACGGAGGUGAUGUGGUACAAGAACAGGAAGAAGCUGAAUUCAAGCUCAAAAGUGCAUGUGGAGGCCAAGGGCUGCACCCGGAGGCUGGUGGUGCAGCAGGUGGUCAAGGCAGAUGCCGGGGAGUACAGCUGUGAGGCCGGGGGCCAGAAGGUCUCCUUCCACCUGGAUGUCACAGAGCCCAAGGAGGUGUUUGCCAAGGAGCAGCCAGCACGCAGUGAAGUGCAGGCCGUGGCGGGGUCCAGUGCCACGCUGAGCUGCGAGGUGGCCCAGGCCCAGACGGAGGUGACGUGGUACAAGGAUGGAAAGAAGCUGAGUUCAAGCUCGAAAGUGCGUGUGGAGGCCAUGGGCCGAGGGCGGCGGCUGGUGGUGCAGCAGGCGGGCAAGGCAGACGCCGGGGAGUACAGCUGCGAGGCCGGGGGCCAGAGGGUCUCCUUCCACCUGGAUGUCACAGAGACCAAGGUGGUGUUUGCCAAGGAGCAGCCAGCACGCAGUGAAGUGCAGGCCGUGGCAGGGUCCAGUGCCACGCUGAGCUGCGAGGUGGCCCAGGCCCAGACGGAGGUGACGUGGUACAAGGAUGGAAAGAAGCUGAGUUCGAGCUCCAAAGUGCGUGUGGAGGCCACGGGCCGAGGGCGGCGGCUGGUGGUGCAGCAGGCGGGCAAGGCAGACGCCGGGGAGUAUAGCUGCGAGGCCGGGGGCCAGAGGGUCUCCUUCUACCUGGAUGUCACAGAGCCCAAGGUGGUGUUUGCCAAGGAGCAGCCAGCACGCAGUGAAGUGCAGGCCGUGGCGGGGUCCAGUGCCACGCUGAGCUGCGAGGUGGCCCAGGCCCAGACGGAGGUGACGUGGUACAAGGAUGGAAAGAAGCUGAGUUCGAGCUCCAAAGUGCGUGUGGAGGCCACGGGCCGAGGGCGGCGGCUGGUGGUGCAGCAGGCGGGCAAGGCAGACGCCGGGGAGUACAGCUGCGAGGCCGGGGGCCAGAGGGUCUCCUUCCACCUGGAUGUCACAGAGCCCAAGGAGGUGUUUGCCAAGGAGCAGCCGGCACGCAGUGAAGUGCAGGCCGUGGCGGGGUCCAGUGCCACGCUGAGCUGUGAGGUGGCCCAGGCCCAGACGGAGGUGACGUGGUACAAGGAUGGAAAGAAGCUGAGUUCGAGCUCGAAAGUGCGUGUGGAGGCCACGGGCCGAGGGCGGCGGCUGGUGGUGCAGCAGACGGGCAAGGCAGACGCCGGGGAGUAUAGCUGUGAGGCCGGGGGCCAGAGGGUCUCCUUCCACCUGGAUGUCACAGAGCCCAAGGUGGUGUUUGCCAAGGAGCAGCCAGCACGCAGUGAAGUGCAGGCCGUGGCGGGGUCCAGUGCCACGCUGAGCUGCGAGGUGGCCCAGGCCCAGACGGAGGUGACGUGGUACAAGGAUGGAAAGAAGCUGAGUUCGAGCUCCAAAGUGCGUGUGGAGGCCACGGGCCGAGGGCGGCGGCUGGUGGUGCAGCAGGCGGGCAAGGCAGACGCCGGGGAGUACAGCUGCGAGGCCGGGGGCCAGAGGGUCUCCUUCCACCUGGAUGUCACAGAGCCCAAGGAGGUGUUUGCCAAGGAGCAGCCGGCACGCAGUGAAGUGCAGGCCGUGGCGGGGUCCAGUGCCACGCUGAGCUGUGAGGUGGCCCAGGCCCAGACGGAGGUGACGUGGUACAAGGAUGGAAAGAAGCUGAGUUCGAGCUCGAAAGUGCGUGUGGAGGCCACGGGCCGAGGGCGGCGGCUGGUGGUGCAGCAGACGGGCAAGGCAGACGCCGGGGAGUAUAGCUGUGAGGCCGGGGGCCAGAGGGUCUCCUUCCACCUGGAUGUCACAGAGCCCAAGGAGGUGUUUGCCAAGGAGCAGCCGGCACGCAGUGAAGUGCAGGCCGUGGCGGGGUCCAGUGCCACGCUGAGCUGUGAGGUGGCCCAGGCCCAGACGGAGGUGACGUGGUACAAGGAUGGAAAGAAGCUGAGUUCGAGCUCGAAAGUGCGUGUGGAGGCCACGGGCCGAGGGCGGCGGCUGGUGGUGCAGCAGGCGGGCAAGGCAGACGCCGGGGAGUAUAGCUGUGAGGCCGGGGGCCAGAGGGUCUCCUUCCACCUGGAUGUCACAGAGCCCAAGGAUGUGUUUGCCAAGGAGCAGCCAGCACGCGGUGAAGUGCAGGCCGUGGCAGGGUCCAGUGCCACGCUGAGCUGCGAGGUGGCCCAGGCCCAGACGGAGGUGACGUGGUACAAGGAUGGAAAGAAGCUGAGUUCGAGCUCGAAAGUGCGUGUGGAGGCCACGGGCCGAGGGCGGCGGCUGGUGGUGCAGCAGGCGGGCAAGGCAGACGCCGGGGAGUACAGCUGCGAGGCCGGGGGCCAGAGGGUCUCCUUCCACCUGGAUGUCACAGAGCCCAAGGUGGUGUUUGCCAAGGAGCAGCCAGCACGCGGUGAAGUGCAGGCCGUGGCGGGGUCCAGUGCCACGCUGAGCUGCGAGGUGGCCCAGGCCCAGACGGAGGUGACGUGGUACAAGGAUGGAAAGAAGCUGAGUUCGAGCUCGAAAGUGCGUGUGGAGGCCACGGGCCGAGGGCGGCGGCUGGUGGUGCAGCAGGCGGGCAAGGCAGACGCCGGGGAGUACAGCUGCGAGGCCGGGGGCCAGAGGGUCUCCUUCCACCUGGAUGUCACAGAGCCCAAGGAGGUGUUUGCCAAGGAGCAGCCAGCACUCAGUGAAGUGCAGGCUGUGGCAGGGUCCAGUGCCACGCUGAGCUGCGAGGUGGCCCAGGCCCAGACGGAGGUGACGUGGUACAAGGAUGGAAAGAAGCUGAGUUCGAGCUCGAAAGUGCGUGUGGAGGCCACGGGCCGAGGGCGGCGGCUGGUGGUGCAGCAGGCGGGCAAGGCAGACGCCGGGGAGUACAGCUGCGAGGCCGGGGGCCAGAGGGUCUCCUUCCACCUGGAUGUCACAGAGCCCAAGGUGGUGUUUGCCAAGGAGCAGCCAGCACGCAGUGAAGUGCAGGCCGUGGCGGGGUCCAGUGCCACGCUGAGCUGCGAGGUGGCCCAGGCCCAGACGGAGGUGACGUGGUACAAGGAUGGAAAGAAGCUGAGUUCGAGCUCGAAAGUGUGUGUGGAAGCCAAGGGCUGCACCCGGCAGCUGGUGGUGCAGCAGGCAGGGAAGGUGGAUGCUGGAGAGUACAGCUGUGAAGCUAGGGGCCAGAGGGUCUCCUUUCACCUGGAUGUCACAGAGCCUAUGGUGGUGUUUGCCAAGGAGCAGCCGGCACGCAGUGAAGUGCAGGCCGUGGCGGGGUCCAGUGCCACGCUGAGCUGCGAGGUGGCCCAGGCCCAGACGGAGGUGACGUGGUACAAGGAUGGAAAGAAGCUGAGUUCGAGCUCGAAAGUGCGUGUGGAGGCCACGGGCCGAGGGCGGUGGCUGGUGGUGCAGCAGGCGGGCAAGGCAGACGCCGGGGAGUACAGCUGCGAGGCCGGGGGCCAGAGGGUCUCCUUCCACCUGGAUGUCACAGAGCCGGAACUUGAGCCCCCGACCCUGGAGAGACCCAGACGCAGGGAACCUCUGGUGGUCAGGGAACACGAGGACAUCGUCCUGACAGCCACGCUGGCCGCACCCUCUGUGGCUGCGGUGACUUGGCUCAAGGAUGGUGUGGAGAUUCGCAGCAGCAAGCGGCACGAGACGGCCAGCCUGGGGGACACCCACACCCUGACCGUGCGUGGCGCGCAGAUCCUGGACAGUGCCGUCUACUGCUGCCGCCUGGGCGCAGAGGAGCAGGACUUCCCGGUGCAAGUGGAAGAGGUGGCUGCCAAGUUCUGCCGUCCCCUGGAGCCCGUGAGCGGGGAGCUGGGCGGCACAGUGAAGCUGGUCUGCGAGCUGAGCCCGGCACAGGCCCAGGUGGUGUGGCGCCGUGGGAACACGCAACUCCGGGCCGGCAAACGCUUCCAGAUGGCGGCUGCGGGACUUCAGCGCUCGCUCACUGUGUCGGACCUGCGGGCGGAAGAUGCGGGGGAGUACGUGUGCGAGAGCCGCGACGACCACACCAGCGCCAUGCUCAGCGUGAGCGUCCCCCGCGUGGUCAAGUUCACGUCUGGGCUGAGCGCAGUGGUUGCGGAGGAGGGCUGCGAGGCCACCUUCCAGUGCGUGGUGACUCCCAGCGACGUGGCGGUGACGUGGUUCCGGGAUGACGUCAAGCUACAGUCCAGCGAGAAGUUUCUCAUAUCGCAGAAGGGUGCCAGCCACAGCCUGACUAUCCUGGGCCUGGCCCUGGAGGAUGCCGGCCAGAUCACCGCGGAGGCUGAGGGCAUCAAGACCGUGGCUGCCCUCCGGGUCCGAGAGGCCCCAGUGUUGUUCAAAAAAAAGCUGGAGCCACAGACUGUGGAAGAGUGGAGCUCGGUGACCAUGGAGGUGGAGCUGACGCGGCCAUGGCCGGAGGUCAAGUGGACACGCAACGCCGCGGCCCUGGUGGCAGGCGAGAAUGUGGAGAUACACGCCGAGGGCUCAAGUCACCGCUUGGUUCUCCGCAGUGUGGGUUUCGCUGACCGUGGUUUCUACGGCUGCGAGACAGCGGACGAUAAGACGCAGGCCAAGCUGACUGUGGAAAUGCGCCAGGUCCGGCUUGUGCGGGGCCUGCAGACAGUGGAGGUGCAGGAGCAGGGCACAGCCACAAUGGAAGUAGAGCUGUCUCAUGCUGAUGUGGAGGGCAGCUGGACUCGAGAUGGCCUUCGGCUGCAGCCGGGACCCACGUGCCAGCUGGUGGUGCACGGCCCCACCCAUAUCCUUACGCUGUCUGGGCUGCAGAGGCAGGACAGUGGCCUGGUUUCCUUCAGGGCGGAGGGCGUGCACACAUCUGCACGGCUGGUGGUCACUGAGCUGCCUGUGAAGUUCAGCCGCCCUCUGCAGGACGUGGUGGCCACGGAAAAGGACAAGGUGGUCCUGGACUGUGAGCUCUCACGCCCCAAUGUGGAUGUGCGCUGGUUGAAGGACGGUGUGGAGCUGCGGGGGAGCAAGACGGUGGGCAUGGGGGCCCAGGGGGCCUGCAGGAGUCUCGUCAUUUACCGAUGUGAGCUUGGGGACCAGGGCGUGUACGUGUGUGAUGCCCACGAUGCUCAGAGCUCGGCCUCCCUGAAGGUGCAAGGAAGGACAUAUACUCUCAUCUAUCGGAGGGUCCUGGUGGAAGAUGCAGGGGAAAUCAAAUUUGUAGCACAACGGGCAGAAUCACGAGCCCAGCUCCGAGUAAAAGAGCUGCCAGUAUCCAUCCUACGCCCACUGCGGGACAAGAUCGCAAUAGAGAAGCACCGCGGUGUGCUCGAGUGCCAGAUGUCGAGGGCCAGUGCCCGGGUGCGGUGGUUCAAGGGCAGCGUGGAACUGCAGCCUGGGGCCAAGUAUGAGAUGGUCAGUGACGGCCUCUACCGCCAGCUAGUCAUCAACGCCGUCCAGCCUGAGGACGAGGACACUUACACCUGUGAUGCUGGCGACGUUAAGACCAGUGCCCAGUUCUUUGUGGAAGAGAAAUCCAUCACUAUCGUGCGGGGCCUGCAGGAUGUGACGGUGAUGGAGCCCGCCCCUGCCUGGUUCGAGUGUGAGACCUCCAUCCCCUCGGUGCGGCCGCCUAAGUGGCUCCUGGGGAAGACAGUGCUGCAGGCAGGGGCUGACGUGGGAAUGGAACAGGAGGGCACGGUGCACCGGCUGACGCUGCGGCGUACCUGCUCCACCAUGACCGGGCCGGUGCACUUCACCAUUGGCAAAUCACGCUCCACCGCCUGCCUAGUCGUCUCAGACAUUCCCAUGGUGCUCACGCGGCCACUAGAGCCCAAGGUGGGGCGCGAGCUGCAGUCGGUAGUCCUGUCCUGUGACUUCAAGCCAUCCCCCAAGACCGUGCAGUGGUACAAGGAGGAGACACCCCUGGUGCCAUCUGACAAGUUCAAGAUGAGGCUGGAGGGCCACAUGGCAGAGCUGUGCGUCCUGCGGCUCAGCCCCGCGGAUGCUGGUGUCUACCGCUGCCAGGCCGGCAGUGCCCAGAGCAGCGCUGAGGUUACUGUGGAAGUGCGGGAGGUGACGGUGACGCAGCCACUGCAGGACUUGGAGGUCACGGAGGAGGGCUGUGCCUGCUUCUCCUGCGAGCUGUCCCACGAGGACGAGGAGGUGGAGUGGUCGCUCAAUGGGACGCCACUGUAUAACGACAGCUUACACGAGAUUACCCAUGAGGGCCGCCGCCACACGCUGGUGCUGAAGCAGGUCCAACGGGCUGACACGGGCACCGUAUGCGCCUGCUCGCCCAAGGUUAUGGCCUCGGCCCACCUGGAGGUCAAAGGGAAGCCGGUGGUGUUCCUGAAGGCGUUGGACGACAUGUCCGUGGAAGAGUGGGGCAUGCUGGCCUUGCGGUGCGAGGUCUCUGACCACCAGGCUCGUGUGGUGUGGCGAAAGGAUGGCAUGGAGUUGGGCCCCAGUGACAAGUAUGAAUUCCUGUACACAGCGGGCACUCGGGGACUCACGGUGCACAACCUGAGCAGGGACGAUGCUGGCCUGUACACCUGCGAUGUGGGCACUGAUGAGACCCGUGCCCAUGUCAGCGUGCACGACCUGCACGUGGGCAUCACCAAGAGGCUGAAGACAGUGGAGGUGACGGAGGGCGAGAGCUGCAGCUUUGAGUGCGUCCUGUCCCAUGAGAACACUAGCGAUGUUGCUGUGUGGAUGGUUGGUGGGAAAACGGUGGGCAGCUCUGGCCGCUUCCGGGCCACACGCCAGGGCCGCAAGUAUACGCUGGCCAUCCGAGAUGCUCUGCUGAGUGACGCCGGGGAGGUGGUCUUCUCUGUGCGGGGCCUCACCUCCAAGGCCUCGCUCAUCAUCAGAGAGAGGCCAGUUGACAUUACGAAGCCACUGGAAGACCAGCGGGCCAUGCUGGGUGAGGAUGUGGUGCUGAGGUGUGAGCUGUCACGGGAGGGGUCCCCAGUGCGCUGGCUGAAGGAUGGGAAAGCCAUUCGUAAGAGUCGGAAGUAUGAGCUUCUCAUCGAAGGCACUCGAGCCAUGCUGGUCAUCCAUGCAGCCUCACUCAAAGAUUCUGGCGAGUACACGUGUGAGACGGAGUCUUCCAAAAGCACAGCCAGCCUCCGAGUGGAAGAAAAGCCAAACCGGUUCACGGAGGAGCUGGCUGACCUGCAGGUAGAGGAGAAGGGCACAGCUGUGUUUGCCUGCAAGACGGAGCGCCCCGCGGCCUCAGUGACCUGGCGCAAGGGCCUCACAGAGCUGCAAACCUCAGAGAAGCAUGCUCCCAGCCAGGAGGGCGUGACCUUGAGGCUCACCAUCAGCGCCCUGGAGAAGGCGGACAGUGACACUUACACCUGUGACAUUGGCCAGGCCCAGUCCCAGGCUCGGCUCCUGGUGAAAGGCCAGAAAGUGCUCAUCACGGAGGACCUGAAGGACUUGGAGGUGCAGGAGGGCUCCUCGGCCACCUUCUGCUGCCGUAUCUCCCCUGCCGACUACAAGCCCGUCCACUGGUUCUUGGACAAAACCCCACUGUCUGCCAGCAAACUCAGUGAGAUCAAGGUCCAGCCAGGUGGCUACCAUGUACUUACCCUGCGGCAGCUGGCCCUCAAGGACUCAGGCACCAUCCAUUUUGAGGCAGGCGACCAGCGGACCUCAGCUGCCUUGCAGGUCAUAGAGAAGCCAGGUGUUUUCUCCCGGGAGCUCACAGAUGCCACAGUCAUGGAGGGGGAAGAUCUGACCCUGGUCUGUGAGACUGCUGCUUUAGACAACCCUGUGUGCUGGACCAAGGACGGGAAGGCCCUGCGGCCGUCGGCCCGGUGCCGUCUGAGCUAUGAGGGCCGCCGAGCCCAACUGGUCAUCACUGACACCACCCUUCAGGACGGUGGGCGCUACAAGUGUGAGGCUGGCGGUGCCUGGAGCAGCUCCGUUGUCAGGGUCCAUGCUCAGCCAGUGCGGUUCGAAGAGGGGCUGAAAGACGUGGAGGUACUGGAGGGUGGUGCUGCCACACUACACUGCAUGCUGUCAUCGGUGGCCAUGCCCGUGGAGUGGCGUCAUGGAGAUGAGGUUGUGCAGCCUGGAGGCAAGUACAGCCUGCGGCAGGAGGGUACCAUGCUGGAACUGCUCAUCCGGGACCUGCGGCCUCAGGACAGCGGGCAGUACUCCUGCUGCUUCAGGGACCAGAUAACAUCGGCCAGGCUAACCGUACAGGCCCUACCUGCUGAGUUCAUAGGAAGACUGAGAAGCAAGGAGGCCACGGAAGGGACCACGGCCACGCUGCGCUGUGAGCUGAGCAAGGCAGCCCCUGUGGAGUGGAGGAAGGGGCCUGAGACCCUCAGAGCUGGAGACAGAGUGAGCCUGAGGCAGGAUGGAGCCGUGUGUGAGCUGGAGAUCCGUGGCCUGACCGUGGAGGAUGCUGGGGAGUACUCGUGUGUGUGCGGGCAGGAGAAGACAUCAGCCACGCUCACAGUCAGGGGCCUGCCUGCCAAGUUCACAAAGGGUCUGAGGAAGGAAGAGGCCAUGGAAGGGGCCACGGCCAUGCUGCACUGUGAGCUGAGCAAGGCAGCCCCUGUGGAGUGGAGGAAGGGGCCCGAGACCCUCAGAGCUGGAGACAGAGUGAGCCUGAGACAGGACGGAGCCGUGUGUGAGCUGGAGAUCCGUGACCUGGUUGUGGCAGAUGCCGGGGAGUACUUGUGCGUGUGCGGGCAAGAGAGAACAGCGGCCAGGCUGACUGUCAGGGCCCUGCCCACCAAAUUCACAAAGGGUCUGAGGAAGGAGGAGGCCACAGAAGGGACCACGGCCACACUGCGCUGCGAGCUGAGCAAGACGGCCCCCGUGGAGUGGAGGAAGGGACCCGAGAUCCUCAGAGCCGGGGACAGAGUGAGCCUGAAGCAGGACGGGGCCGUGUGUGAGCUGGAGAUCCGUGGCCUGGCUGUGGCGGACACUGGGGAGUACUCGUGUGUGUGCGGGCAGGAGAGGACCUCAGCCACGCUCACUGUCAGGGCCCUGCCUGCCAAGUUCACAAAGGGUCUGAAGAAUGAAGAAGCCAUGGAAGGGGCUACAGCCACCCUGCACUGUGAGCUGAGCAAGGCGGCCCCUGUGGAGUGGAGGAAGGGGCCCGAGACCCUCAAACCUGGGGACAGAGUGAGCCUGAAGCAGGAUGGGGCCAAGUGUGAGCUGCAGAUACAUGGCCUGGUUGUGGCGGACUCCGGGGAGUACUCGUGUGUGUGCGGGCAGGAGAGGACUUCUGCCACACUGGCCAUCAGGGCCCUACCUGCUCGGUUCAUCCAAGAUCUGAAGACCAAGGAGGCCACAGAAGGGGCCACUGCCAUACUUCACUGUGAGCUGAGCAAGGAAGCCCCGGUGGAGUGGAGGAAGGGGCCCAAGGCCCUCAGAGCUGGGGACAGAGUGAGGCUGAGGCAGGACGGAGCCAUGUGUGAGAUGGAGAUCUGUGGCCUGGUUGUGGCAGAUGCUGGGGAGUACUCAUGCGUGUGUGGGCAGGAGAAAACCUCAGCCAUGCUCACCAUCAGGGCCCUACCUGCUGAGUUCAUAGGAAGACUGAGAAGCAAGGAGGCCACAGAAGGGACCACGGCCACGCUGCACUGUGAGCUGAGCAAGGAAGCUGCUGUGGAGUGGAAGAAGGGACCUGAGACCCUCAGAACUGGAGACAGAGUGAGCCUGAGGCAGGACAGAGCUGUGUGUGAGCUGGAGAUCCGUGGCCUGACCGUGGAGGAUGCUGGGGAGUACUCGUGCAUGUGUGGGCAGGAGAGGACAUCAGCCACACUCACCGUCAGGGGCCUUCCUGCCAAGUUCACAAAGGGUCUGAGGAAGGAAGAGGCCACGGAAGGGGCCAUGGUCAUGCUGCACUGUGAACUGAGUAAGGCAGCCCCUGUGGAAUGGAGGAAGGGGCUCGAGACCCUCAGAGCCGGGGACAGAGUGAGCCUGAGGCAGGACGGGGCCGUGUGUGAGCUGGAGAUCCAUGGCCUGACUGUGGAGGAUGCUGGGGAGUACUCGUGUGUGUGCGGGCAGGAGAAGACAUCAGCCACGCUCACCGUCAGGGGCCUGCCUGCCAAGUUCACAAAGGGUCUGAGGAAGGAAGAGGCCAUGGAAGGGGCCACGGCCAUGCUGCGCUGUGAGCUGAGCAAGGCAGACCCUGUGGAGUGGAGGAAGGGGCCCGAGACCCUCAGAGCUGGAGACAGAGUGAGCCUGAGGCAGGACGGGGCCGUGUGUGAGCUGGAGAUCCGUGACCUGGUUGUGGCAGAUGCCGGGGAGUACUCAUGCGUGUGUGGUCAGGAAAAAACCUCAGCCACGCUCACUAUCAGGGCUCUACCUACUGAGUUCAUAAGAAGAUUGAGUAGCAAGGAGGCCACGGAAGGCACCACGGCCACGCUGCACUGUGAGCUGAGCAAGGAAGCCACUGUGGAGUGGAAGAAGGGACCUGAGACCCUCAGAGCUGGAGACAGAGUGAGCCUGAGGCAGGAUGGAGCCGUGUGUGAGCUGGAGAUCCGUGGCCUGACCGUGGAGGAUGCUGGGGAGUACUCGUGUGUGUGCGGGCAGGAGAAGACAUCAGCCACGCUCACCGUCAGGGGCCUGCCUGCCAAGUUCACAAAGGGUAUGAAGAAGGAAGAGGCCAUGGAAGGGGCCACAGCCAUGCUGCGCUGUGAGCUGAGCAAGGCAGCCCCUGUGAAGUGGAGGAAGGGGCCUGAGACCCUCAGAGCUGGAGACAGAGUGAGCCUGAGGCAGGACGGGGCCGUGUGUGAGCUGGAGAUCCGUGACCUGGUUGUGGCAGAUGCCGGGGAGUACUCGUGUGUGUGUGGUCAGGAGAAAACCUCAUCCACACUCACUGUCAGGGCCCUUCCCACCAAGUUCACAAAGGGUCUGAGGAAGGAGGAGGCCACAGAGGGGGCCACGGCCACACUGCACUGCGAGCUGAGCAAGGCAGCCCUUGUGGAGUGGAGGAAGGGGCCUGAGACCCUCAGAGCUGGAGACAGAGUGAGCCUGAGGCAGGAUGGAGCCGUGUGUGAGCUGGAGAUCCGUGGCCUGACCGUGGAGGAUGCUGGGGAGUACUCGUGUGUGUGCGGGCAGGAGAGGACAUCAGCCACGCUCACCGUCAGGGGCCUGCCUGCCAAGUUCACAAAGGGUCUGAGGAAGGAAGAGGCCAUGGAAGGGGCCACGGCCAUAAUGCGCUGUGAGCUGAACAAGGCAGCCCCCGUGGAGUGGAUGAAGGGGCCCGAGACCCUCAGAGCCAGGGACAGAGUGAGCCUGAGGCAGGACGGGGCCGUGUGUGAGCUGGAGAUCCGUGACCUGGUUGUGGCAGAUGCCGGGGAGUACUCGUGUGUGUGUGGUCAGGAGAAAACCUCAUCCACACUCACUGUCAGGGCCCUUCCCACCAAGUUCACAAAGGGUCUGAGGAAGGAGGAGGCCACAGAGGGGGCCACGGCCACACUGCACUGCGAGCUGAGCAAGGCAGCCCCUGUGGAGUGGAGGAAGGGGCCUGAGACCCUCAGAGCUGGAGACAGAGUGAGCCUGAGGCAGGAUGGAGCCGUGUGUGAGCUGGAGAUCCGUGGCCUGACCGUGGAGGAUGCUGGGGAGUACUCGUGUGUGUGCGGGCAGGAGAGGACAUCAGCCACGCUCACCGUCAGGGGCCUGCCUGCCAAGUUCACAAAGGGUCUGAGGAAGGAAGAGGCCAUGGAAGGGGCCACGGCCAUUAUGCGCUGUGAGCUGAGCAAGGCAGCCCCUGUGAAGUGGAUGAAGGGGCCCGAGACCCUCAGAGCUGGAGACAGAGUGAGCCUGAGGCAGGAUGGAGCCGUGUGUGAGCUGGAGAUCCGUGGCCUGACCGUGGAGGAUGCUGGGGAGUACUCGUGUGUGUGUGGGCAGGAGAAGACAUCAGCCACACUCACCGUCAGGGGCCUUCCUGCCAAGUUCACAAAGGGUCUGAGGAAGGAAGAGGCCACGGAAGGGGCCAAGGUCAUGCUGCACUGUGAACUGAGUAAGGCAGACCCUGUGGAAUGGAGGAAGGGGCCUGAGACCCUCAGAGCUGGAGACAGAGUGAGCCUGAGGCAGGAUGGAGCCGUGUGUGAGCUGGAGAUCCAUGGCCUGACUGUGGAGGAUGCUGGGGAGUACUCGUGUGUGUGCGGGCAGGAGAAGACAUCAGCCACGCUCACCGUCAGGGGCCUGCCUGCCAAGUUCACAAAGGGUCUGAGGAAGGAAGAGGCCAUGGAAGGGGCCACGGCCAUGCUGUGCUGUGAGCUGAGCAAGGCAGCCCCUGUGGAGUGGAGGAAGGGGCCCGAGACCCUCAAACCUGGGGACAGAGUGAGCCUGAGGCAGGACGGGGCCGUGUGUGAGCUGGAGAUUCAUGGCCUGGUUAUGGCGGAUGCUGGGGAGUACUCUUGUGUGUGCGGGCAGGAGAGGACCUCUGCCACGCUGACCAUUAGGGCCCCACAGGUGGUGUUCAGGAAGCCACUGCAGAGCCUGCAGGCUGAGGAGGGCACCUCAGCCAGCCUGCGGUGUGAGCUGUCUGAGCCUAGCGCCGCUGUGGUCUGGAGUAAGGGUGGCCUGGAGCUGCAGGCUGACGAGCGCUGGGAGCCACAGCAGCGGGGCCACGUGGCGGAGCUGGUGUUUCGGGACUUGCGCCGGGAGGACACUGGAGAAUACACCUGCACCUGUGGCUCCCAGGCCACCAGUGCCACCCUCACCGUCACAGUUGCACCCGUGAGGUUCCUUCGGGAGCUGCAGGCCCAGGAGGUAGACGAGGGUGCAACUGCACACCUGCGCUGUGAACUGAGCCGGGCAGGUGCCAGCGUGGAGUGGCGCAAGGGCUACCUGCAGCUCUUCCCCUGUGCCAAGUACCAGAUGGUGCUGGAGGGCACAGCCGCUGAGCUGCUGGUGCACGGUGCUGAGCAGGAGGAUGCCGGCCCCUACACCUGCGACACAGGCCACGCACAGAGCACUGCCAGCCUCUCUGUCCGCGCCCCUAGGCCCACGUUUAAGACGGAGCUGCAGAGUGCAGAGCAGGAGGCGGGUGGUGUGGCCCGGCUGUGCUGCCAGCUGAAUGACUCAGAGCCUGGGGCCCCCGUGCUGUGGCUCAAGGAGGGUGUGGAACUGCAAGGGAGUCCCAAGUAUGAGAUGCGAUGCAAGGGGGCCACGUGUGAGCUGCUGAUCCACGGACUUGAGGCCAAGGACACGGGCGAGUACACCUGCAUGGUGGGCAGCCAGAAAACCUUGGCCUCCCUCACAGUCAAAGAGCCCGAGGUGACCAUUGUGCGGGGCCUGGUUGACACCGAGGUGCAGGCCGACGGGGAAGCAGAGUUCAGCUGUGAAGUGUCGCGGGCUGGGUUCGUGGAUGUGGAGUGGCGCCUCCAGGGCCUGCCACUUCAGAGCAGUGAGGUGACAGAAGUGGCCGUGCGGGGGGGCCGCACCCACACACUGCGGCUGAAGAGCGUGACUCCCGAGGAUGCGGGCACUGUCUCCUUCCGCGUGGGCCUCCACACGUCCUCUGCCCAGCUCACCGUCACAGCCCGUGAGGUGACCAUCCUGGAGUCCCUGCAGGAUGUGCAGCUCAGCGAGGGCCAGGACGCCCACUUCCAGUGCCGACUGUCAAGGGCCUUGGGCCAGGAGGCCCACUGGGCCCUGGGAGGGGUGCCCCUGCAGGCCAACGAGAUGAACGACAUCACGGUGGAGCAUGGCACACUCCACUUGCUCACCCUGCACAAGGUGACCCCUGAAGAUGCCGGAACCAUCAGUUUCCAAGUGGGCUCAUGUCGCUCAGAGGCCCAGCUGAAGGUCACAGCCAAGAACACUGUGGUGAGAGGCCUGGAAAACGUGGAGGCACCUGAGGGCGGUGAGGCGCUGUUCGAGUGCCUCCUGUCCCAGCCGGAGGUGGCCGCCCACACCUGGCUGCUGGAUGAUGAGCCGGUGCGCACCUCUGAGAACGCCGAGGUGGUUUACUUUGAGAACGGCCUGCGGCACCUGCUGCUGCUCAAAAACCUGCGGCCUCGAGACAGCUGCCGGGUGACCUUCCUGGCGGGGGACGUGGUGACAUCUGCGUUCCUCACAGUCCGGGGCUGGCGCUUGGAGGUCUUGGAGGCACCCCGGGACGCAGCCGUGCUGGCCGGGGGGCGUGCCAGCUUCAGCUGCACGCUCAGCGAGACAGUGCCGGUGGGUGAGGCGACCUGGUACAUAAACGGAGCCUCGGUGCAGCCUGACGACGCAGACUGGACAGUCACCGCCGAAGGCAGCCACCACACCCUGCUGCUGCACCGGGCCCGGCUGCACCACGCCGGCGAGGUCACCUUCGCCGCCCGUGAUGCCGUGGCCUCUGCGAGGCUCACUGUGCUGGGCCUCCCCGAUCCCCCAGAGGACGCCGAGGUGGUGGGGCGCAGUGGCAGCUCCGUGACACUGUCUUGGGUGGCUCCCACGAAUGACGGCGGAGGCGGUCUCUGUGGCUAUCGGGUAGAGGUGAAGGCAGCGGCCACAGGAGAGUGGCAGCUGUGCCACGAGCUGGUGCCCGGGCCCGAGUGCCUGGUGGAUGGCCUGGUCCCCGGGGAGACCUACCGCUUCCGUGUGGCCGCAGUGGGCGCGGCAGGCGCUGGGGAGCCUGUGUACCUGCCCCAGACAGUGAGGCUUGCAGAGCCCCAGGAGCCCACGCCUGCACCCCCUGCCCCUGAGAGCCGGCAGGUGGCAGCUGGGGAGGACUUGUGUCUGGAGUGUGAGGUGGCCGAGGCUGGUGAGGUCAUCUGGCUGAAGGGAACAGAGCGCAUCCAGCCCAGUGGGCGCUUCCAGCUUCUCAGCCGGGGUCGACAGCAGACGCUGUUGAUUCGGGACUUCUCAGCGGAGGACCAGGGCGAGUAUCGCUGUGCCCCUGCACGGGACCCUGUCUCUGUGGCGGCUGCUGCCUUCCAGGUGGUGCUGACCCCAGAAUCUGGAGAUGAGGUCCCCACACAGCCCAGCCUGCCCCCUGAGGCGGCCCAGGAAGGCGACCUGCAUCUCCUGUGGGAGGCCCUGGCCCGGAAGCGCCGCAUGAGCCGAGAGCCUACGCUGGACUCCAUCAGCGAGCUGCCCGAGGAGGACGGACGCCCUCAGCGCCUGCGGCAGGAGGUAGAGCAGGAGGCUCCCGACCUCUCUGAGGACUCUUCCACGGCUGACGAGCUGGCACGCACCGGCGAGGCUGACCUCUCACACACCAGCUCUGACGACGAGUCCCGUGCGGGCACUCCUUCCCUGGUGACCUACCUCAAGAAGGCUGGGAGGGCCAGUGCCUCACCACUGGCCAGCAAGGUUGAGGCCACAGCCGCCCCUUCUGGGAAGCCACAAAAGCAGCAGGAGAAGCCAGCUUCAGUACCCCCACCACCAGGAGACCUGAGCGUUGGGGACUUGGGUGACCUAUCCGUGGACAAGGCAGCAGUGAAGAUCCAGGCUGCUUUCAAGGGUUAUAAGGUCCGGAAGGAGAUACAGCAGCAGGAGGGGCCUGUGUUCUGCCACACGUUUGGGGACACCGUGGCACAGGUGGGAGAUGUCCUGCGUCUGGAGUGUGUAGUGUCCAGCAAGACAGAUGUGCAUGCCCACUGGCUGAAGGACGGUGUGCAGCUGACUGAUGGCCGGCACCACCACAUUGACCAGCUUGGGGAUGGCACCUGCUCUCUGCUGGUCACUAGCCUGGGCCGGGCCGACGCUGGUCACUACACCUGUCAGGUGAGCAACAAGUUUGGCCGUGUGGCCCACAGUGCCUGUGUGGUGGUCAGUGGGAUGGAGAGUGAGACCGAGAGUUCCUCCGGGAGUGAGCUGGAUGACAACUUCCGCCGGGCCGCCCGGCGGCUGCACCGCCUGUUCCGCACCAAGGGCCCAGCAGAGGUUUCAGACGAGGAGAUCUUCAGCGCUGACAAGGGCAAGGCAGAGCCCGAGGAGCCUGGGGACUGGCAGACAUACCGCGAAGAUGAACAGUCCAUCUGCAUCCGCUUCGAGACGCUUGCCGAGGCCCGCCGGGCAGCCACCUGCUUCCGGGACAUGUUUGGCACGCUGGACAACAGAGUGGACAUCAGCCUGUCAGAGCAGGGGCUGCAUGGGGUGGAGAUGCGCAUUGGCAAGGUGGCCCCCACCCCUGCAGCGCCUCCGGAGCCAGUACUGGCCGCAGAGGCAGCCCCGGUGUUCCUGACCGAGCUACAGAAUCAGGAGGUGCUGGAUGGGUACCCCGUGAGCUUUGACUGUGUGGUGACAGGCCAGCCCGUGCCCAGUGUGCGCUGGUUCAAGGACGGGAGGGUGCUGGAGGAGAAUGACCACUACAUGAUCAGUGAGGACCAGCAGGGCGGCCACCAGCUCAUCAUCACAGCUGUGGUGCCAGCAGACAUGGGUGUCUACCGCUGCCUGGCUGAGAACAGCGUGGGUGUGUCCUCUACCAAAGCGGAGCUCCGCGUGGACCUGACCAGCACCGACUACGAAACUGCUGUGGAUGCCACGGAAACCUCGUCCUAUUUCAGCGCCCAAGGCUACCUGUCCAGCUGGGAGCAGGAGGGCACGGAGUCUACCCCAGAGGAGGGGCAGCUGCCGCAGGUCGUGGAGGACCUGAAAGACCUCCAGGUGGCCCCCGGCACGUGUCUGGCCAAGUUCCAGCUCAAGGUGAAAGGCUACCCCACUCCUCGACUGUACUGGUUCAAAGAUGGGCAGCCCCUGACUGCAUCUGCACACAUCUGCAUGACGGACAGGAAGACACUGCACACCCUGGAGAUUGUCUCGGUCACCAGCGAGGAUGCUGGCCAGUACUCGGCCUACAUCAGCAACACCGUGGGUGCUGCUUAUUCGUCUGCUCGGCUGCUGGUCCGAGGCCCCAAUGAACCGGAAGAGAAGCCAGCAUUCGAUGUACACCAACAGCUGGUGCCACCCCGAUUCCUGGAGAAGUUCACCUCCAAGAAGGUGAAGAAGGGCUCCAGCAUCACCUUCUCAGUGAAGGUUGAAGGAGACCCGCUCCCAGCUGUGCAUUGGCUGCGGGAGGAGGCUGAGCAGGGUGUGCUGUGGAUCGGCUGCCACACGCCGGGCUACACAGUGGCCAGCUCUGCCCAGCAGCACAGCCUGGUCCUUCUGGAUGUGGACCGACAGCACCAGGGCACCUACACCUGCAUCGCCACAAACACUGCUGGCCAAGCCCUCUGUUCCGCAAGCUUGCACGUCUCUGGCUUACCUAAGGAGGCUGGGGCAGCAGAGGAGCAGGCCGGGGUGAAGGAGGCCCUCAUCUCCACCUUCCUGCAGGGGACCCAACUUGUUUCUGAGCAGAUGUUGCAACCUUCAGGUUUCACUGACCUCGCUGGGCAGAGGAAAGGAGAGCUUCCGUCAUCAGAGGCCUGCGGCCACCUGUCCUUGGCUGAGGUGGGCACGGAGGAGUUCCUGAAGAAGCUCACGUCGCAGAUCACAGAGAUGGUGUCGGCCAAGAUCACACAGGCCACGCUGCAGGUGCCUGGAGGUGACAGCGAUGAGGAGUCCAAGACGCCGUCCGCAUCCCCCCGGCAUGGCCGGUCACGCCCCUCUUCCAGCGUCCAGGAGUCAUCCUCAGAGUCCGAGGAUGGAGACUACCGGGGAGAGAUCUUUGACAUUUAUGUGGUCACGGCUGACUACCUGCCCCUGGGGGCUGAGCAGGACGCCAUCUCGCUGCGGGAGGGCCAGUACGUGGAGGUACUGGACUCGGCGCACCCGCUGCGCUGGCUUGUGCGUACCAAACCCACCAAGUCCAGCCUCUCUCGGCAAGGCUGGGUGUCUCCUGCCUACCUGGACAAGCGGCUCAAGCUGUCACCUGAGUGGGGGCCAGCUGAGGCCCCUGAGUUCCCCGGGGAGGCUGUGUCGGAGGAUGAGUACAAGACGAGGCUGAGCUCCAUAAUCCAGGAGCUGCUGAGCUCGGAGCAGGCCUUUGUGGGCAAGCUGCAGUUCCUGCAGAACCACCACAUGCAGUACCUGGACCACUGCCCCCACGUGCCCACGGCCGUGGCCAGCCAGAAGGCAGUCAUCUUCCGAAAUGUGCAGGACAUCAGUCACUUCCAUAGCAGUUUCUCACAGGAGCUGCAUAGCUGUGACACGGAUGACGACGUGGCCAUGUGCUUCAUCAAGAACCAGGCAGCCUUUGAGAAGUAUCUGGAGUUCCUGGUGGGCCGAGUGCAGGCUGAGUCGGCGAUGGUCAGCACGGCCGUGCAGGAGUUCUACAAGAAAUACACUGAGGAGGUGCUGUCAGCCGCAGAUCCUUCGCAGCCACCCCCGCCGUCCCUGCAGCACUUCCUGGAGCAGCCGGUGGAACGAGUCCAGCAGUACCAGGCCCUCCUCAAGGAGCUGAUCCGCAACAAGGCGCGGAAUGGACAGAACUGUGCACUGCUGGAGCAGGCCUACGCAGUGGUGUCGGCCCUGCCGCAGCGUGCCGAGAACCAGCUGCACGUGUCGCUCAUGGAGAACUACCCGGGCACCCUGGAGGCUCUAGGCGAGCCCAUCCGCCAGGGCCACUUCAUUGUGUGGGAGGGGACACCGGGUGCGCGGAUGCCGUGGAAGGGCCACCACCGGCAUGUCUUCCUGUUCCGCCACCACCUGGUGGUCUGCAAGCCCAAGCGGGACUCGCGCACUGACACCUUCAGCUACGUCUUCCGGAACAUGAUGAAGCUGAGCAGCAUCGACCUGAACGACAAGGUGGAGGGCGAUGACCGUGCCUUCGAGGUUUGGCAUGAGCGGGAGGACUCAGUACGCAAGUACCUGCUGCAGGCGCGGACGGUCAUCACCAAGAACUCCUGGGUGAAGGAGAUCUGUGGCAUCCAGCAGCGCCUGGCCCUGCCCGUGUGGCGCCCCCCGGAAUUUGAAGAGGAGCUGGCCGACUGCACGGCUGAGCUGGGCGAGACAGUCAAACUAGCCUGCCGUGUGACGGGCACACCCAAGCCCAUCGUGAGCUGGUACAAAGAUGGGAAGCCAGUGGACGUGGACCCUCAUCACAUCCUCAUUGAAGACCCUGAUGGCUCGUGUGCCCUCAUCCUGGACAACCUGACUGGUGUCGACUCUGGCCAGUACAUGUGCUUUGCAGCCAGUGCUGCUGGCAAUGCCAGCUCCCUGGGCAAGAUCUUGGUGCAAGUCCCGCCUCGGUUUGUGAACAAGGUCCGGGCAGUGCCCUUUGUGGAAGGAGAAGAUGCCCAGAUCACCUGCACCAUCGAAGGUGUCCCACACCCUCAGAUCAGGUGGUACAAGGAUGGGGCCCUGCUGACCCCUGGGGGCAAAUACCAGACCCUGAGUGAGCCCCGCAGCGGCCUGCUGGUGUUGGAGAUCCGGGCAGCUGGCAAGGAGGACCUGGGCCUCUAUGAGUGUGAGUUGGUGAACCGGCUGGGCUCCAAACGGGGCGGCGCGGAGCUGUUCAUGCAGAGCCCGGCGCUGCAGGCCCGAGAACAGCACCACGUGGAGCAGCUCGCUGCCGUGGAAGUCACUGAGCAGGAGACUAAAGUCCCCAAGAAAACCGUCAUCAUAGAGGAGACGAUUACCACUGUGGUGAAGAGCCCCCGUGGCCGACGCCAGUCCCCCAGCAAGUCUCCCUCCCACUCCUAUCACCCUGCCAGCCUGCCCAAGCCAGGCCUGUUGGCCCCUGAGCUGCUGCCCUCGCCAGGAGCCAGCCAAUCCUGCAGGCCCGAGGCAGAGCCAGGCUGGAGGCCCACUGUGCCCACUCUGUACGUGACGGAGCCCGAGGCCCACGUGUCAGCCCUGCCUGGGGACGCUGGGCCCCAGCCCAAAUGGGUGGAGGUCGAGGAGACCAUUGAAGUUCGGGUGAAGAAGACUGGCUCGACGGGCACGUCUCUGGCCAGAGAGACGCCUGGCAGCUUGGAGGGGCUUCUCUCCACACUGCCUGGCAGGAUGCCUGGAGGAGACCCCAAUACAAACAACUCCAACAACAAGCUGUUGACCCAGGAGCCCCCAGCCAUGGCCAGUGUUGGCGAGCCCCUAGUCUUCCAUGUGGAAACGGGGCCAGGGACCCCUGAGCUUUCCCCUCCCUGGGCUGCUGAAGAGGAGGCACCCCUGGAGGAGACGGAGGAAAGAGGUACCUACCAGAUAGAAGAGCCCCUGAGUGCCGAUGGUCUUCAGAGCCGGGACCCCAAGAUCCUCACACACAACGGCCGUGCACUCACGCUGGCUGACCUGGAGGAUUACGUGCCCCAGGAAGGGGAGACCUUUGGCUGCAGCGGCCCCAUGCCCAGUGCUUCCGAUGACCCGCCCUGCGAAAUCUCAGUGCUUCAGAGAGAGAUCAGCGAGCCCACCGUGGGGCAGCCCGUCCUGCUCAACGUGGGGCUCCCGCCAGGUUCCCGAACCUCCCCUGGCUUCUUCACACGUACGCCCAGCUCCCGGGAGGCGUUUCCAUCAGGGCCGCAGGACCUUGGCUCCAGGGGCAUCUCCUUCUGCUUUCAGGAGGCCCGGGCUGGAGGUACCAUGUCCCGGAAGCCGUCCUUCUGCACUCAGGUUCAGCGCUCUGUGGACAGUGGCCAGAGCAGCUUCAAAACGGAGGUUUCCACCCAGACGGUCAGCUUUGGGACAGUGGGGGAGACUGUCACCCUGCACAUUUGCCCGGAUGAGGACGUGGACCCUAGCCCCUCCCAGGGCUGAGGCCAGGACCAUCAGGAGCUGGGUGGCUAGGAUUGAGACGAGAAACUCUUGGGGCUGGGACACCCCUGACUAAGCUGCCGUGGUUGCAUGGGGCAGCAGAAAGAGGCAAAUGGCUUUGGGGCUGAGGACCCUGCCUGGCACCAGCAUCAACUCACCUCACAGCUGCCCUGGGUUUUCAAUUCAGGAGAGAGUCCCAGAGCUGGCACCCCUCGGACACGUGUGCUCUGACCCUGCCCUGGCUCUCCAACAACUCAGGACACCUCCCGCCCCUUCCUCCCUGGGUGCUUCCUACCUCACAGGACUCGGUCUUCAGCUGAGGACAUUGCACACAUCUGUGAUCUCAGAGUGUACCGAAGCUGCUCUGAGAGCACUGGCCGGAGUGACUCGCAGACUGCAGCUCUGGGUUCGGGGGCUCCAGACACAGGGAAGGCACUUGGGCAUCUUUCCUGCUCCGUUCAUGAGGCAGUGGCUGCCACAUGGGCCCUGUCUGCCCAGUGGCCAGGCCUGGCACAGCCCUGCCUCUCACCCAGGCUGGGGGUUCCAGCCUCCCUCUCGAUAGGGGGCUUCCCCCAAGCCACAUCUUACCCGUGAACGUUUUUUCUUGGCCUCCAGGAGGGCUGUGUGGGGCCCAGCUCUACAGACCCUCCUAGGCCUUUUCUACAGGGUGGACCAGGGUCUCUGUGUGGGAGCAGCCCCCGUCAGUCGGCCCUGAUGAUGCUAAUAAACUGGU